AGGGCCAGCCAUCCAAACCUGACGGGGAGAGGGAGCAGCCCCGCAGCCUCCCCUACUCCGUGGAGACGCCGUACGGCUUUCACUUGGACCUGGACUUCCUGAAAUACGUGGAUGACAUCGAGAAAGGGAACACCAUCAGGAGGAUUCACAUCCACCGGAAAGCCAAACAGCCGAAAUUCAGCACCCUGCCCCGAAAGGCAUCACUGGGGGCAGAGGAGUCCCCCCGUCCCCCUCUGCCCAACGAGGCACCCUUCCCUGAUGAGCUGAGUUAUCGGAGAAAAGCCCUUUUGGCGGAGACCUGUAGGCAAGCGGAGCUGGGCUGGCUGGAGGCUGAGCUCCGGGGGCGGCCACAGCUUCUGCGAGCUUCCAGCAUGCCGGCUGCGCUGCCGACUGCCUCACCGGCUGCCCUCCAGCUUGCAGAAGAGAACAUGAACCCUGGGGAAAGGGAGUUAAGUGUGGGUGAAAUUGCUCCAAAUGUGCUGAAGAAAGCUGAGGAGGGGAGUUUCCAGGCUGGAGAGAACAAAGAGAGCUGUGGUCCUCAGCCUCAUGAUGCUGAAGAGCCCGGCGGGGUCGUGGCGCUGAGGCAGCAGAUUGCUGCUCUGGAGGAGCAGCUGGAGCAGAAGAAGGAAGAGCUCAAGCAGGUCAGGGCAGUGCUGGAGCAGCAAGAUCAUGAGAUCAAGGAGAAGGAGAAAAGCAUUAAGUUACUGGUCAGUUGCAAAGCUCAGCUGGAAGAAAAGCUGUGCCGGGAAAACACCAAAGAGGCCACAGCGCCAUCCAGACAGAGCAGUGGUGCUCUGCAGUGCUACGACGCUGCGGUGAACACCGACCUCUCGCAGGUAACGGGGGCCAAGCAAGCCCACGAUAAAGGCAUCAAUGUAAAUAUCCCAAUCUCCACCAAAUCUAUAGGAUGCGGUGCUCGGAGAGAAGACAACACAAUGGAGCUGGGUGCUCGGAGAGGUCAGGGACCAGCAGAUGCUCACACCAGCGUCAGCAGAGAGGGACCUGGACAUUUCAGUGAUGCCGAUAUCGAGGCUGGACCUCACACCCCAGGCUUCACCCAGCUGAAGAUCAAUGAGCUCCCCAGUGAUGACAAUCAAAAUCACAGGAAUAACUACGAUACCCAGCGUCUUGCCGCUCACGCAGUGUCUGCGGAAAGCUACCGAGGGACCAGAAAUGGCUCAAAAGUGGGUGAAAACACGUCAGGCUUUGGAGAAGAUAAACCCCGAGGUGGGCUGGAAGAGGAAGGUCUCCCCGAACACGAGGAUCUCCCUGCUGUCGACCCCAUCGGCCAAUACGUAAAAAAAAUCCAGGAGCUUUUGCAGGAGCAGUGGCUGUGUUUGGAGCACAGCUACCCCGAGUUAGCGAGCGCUAUCAAGCAGCCGGCCUCCAAGCUCAGCUCCAUUCAGAACCAAUUAGUGAAUUCUUUAAACUCGUUGCUGUCUGCCUACUCUACGCAAGGGCCUGCGGAUAAAGAAAAUUCGAACGCACACUAUCAACAGUUGGAAAUCUCUCCAACCACAAGUCUUAAAUCUAUCAUGAAAAAGAAAGGUUAUGGUUUCCAUGCAGGAGGCAAUGGGACCAAAAAGAAUCUCCAGUUUGUUGGGGUAAACGGUGGCUACGAGACGACUUCAAGCGAAGACACAAGUUGUGAAGACAGCCCGUCGGACGGCGACGCGGAGAGCGAGACGGAGAAAAGAGCCGAUGAUUUGGAGCCCAUGGAGGCCGGAGUUGGAGAUGAAAGCAAGGGGGCUCCGUCAGGGACCUCCUCACAAGAGAGACAUGAGGAUGAUGACCUGCAGGAGCCAUCACCAGGAGUGGCACCUUGCUCUCAGCACAAGGCUGACAGAUGCAAACCCUCUGAGGAUUUCCUUGCCAACUGCCAGCUGCUCAGCAAGCACCUCUCAGAAAUCAGGACCACAGGCGACAAGCAUCUGCGGCACGUCCUGAGCUCCGUCUGCCAGGAGUGGUUCCGGGUGUCAAGCUGCAAGUCUUCCAGCCCGGCCAUGGUGGCAGCGUAUCUCAAGGGGCUGGGGGCCAUCCAGCCCCAGCUCCUGGAGGUGGUGGUGAACCUGGCUGACAGGAACGGCAACACGGCUCUUCACUACAGCGUUUCCCACUCCAACUUCCCCAUUGCAAAGCUCCUGCUAGACACAGGCGUGUGCCGCCUGGACCUGCAGAACCGCGCCGGCUACACGGCAGUGAUGCUCACCGCGCUGGAGGCUGCCGAGACGAGUAAGGACAUGGAGGUGGUGAUGGAGCUGCUGAAGGAGGGGGACGUCAACUUGCGAGCCGCUCAGGGGGGCCAGACCGCCCUGAUGCUGGGGGUGCGGCACGAGCGGGACGAGAUGGUGCGAGCCCUGCUCUCCUGCCAGGCCGACGUCAAUCUGCAGGACGAGGAGGGGACGACGGCGCUGAUGGUGGCCUGCCGUCAAGGCAACGCCGACAUCGUCCAGCUCCUCUUAGCCCAGCCCGGCUGCCAGGUCGCGCUGACGGACAAGGGCGGGAACUCGGCCCUGUCGCUGGCUCAGCGCGCUGCCCGUGAGGACAUCGCCGCGCUCCUGCGAGCCCACACCGAGCAGAGCCCGUCCCUCUCUGCCUGA